CUCCUUCAUCACUACACUAGCGAACAGCGGCACUUAACUUCGUUCUGCCGCAUCCGAAUCCGAAUGCUUGGAUUCAGCAGCUCGAUCCUAUAUAAACCCAGGACGGGCUCCCCUCCAUCUCCAUCAAAAUUCACCAGUACCUAGUUAAUUCUUGUGAGCUCGCCGGAAGAAGAACAAGCCAAUAAGCUUCCACUUGUCAUGGGGACUCUGCCUCGCUGCCUGCUCGCUGGCAUCUGCGCCGCCGCCCUGUUAGCGGCAGUAGUGGUCGCCCAUGGUGCCGAGCCCGAGACGGCGUCAAUGGUCGUCGGCUUGGCCAAGUGCGCCGACUGCUCCAGGAAGAACAUGAAACCUGAGGCGGUAUUCAACGGCCUCCAAGUGGCUGUCAAGUGCAAGAACGCCGACGGCGUGUUCGUGACCAAGGCCUUGGGCGAGGUUGACAGGACCGGCGCCUUCAGCGUCCCCCUCGCGGCUGACCUCCUCCGCGAGGACGGCGAGCUGAAGCAGGACUGCUUCGCGCAGCUCCACAGCGCAGCCAACCAGCCAUGCCCAGGACAGGAGCCGUCAUGGAUCGUCCGGUCAGCAACCAGCGAGUACGACGACGACAAGACGAAGAAGACCUUCGUCGCAGUGGCCGGCAAGGUGCACUACCCAUCCAAGGAGUGCGCCUCUGCGUUCCUCUGCUACCAUUUCUUCAAGAAGCACCUCCUGCACAAGAAGCCCACCGUGAUGAGCCCUCACAUCCACAAGAAGCCGGCGGUGCCAGAGUACAAGCCGCCGACAACGACGACGCCUGUGCCGGUGUACCACUCGCCCGUGCCGGAGUACAAGCCGGGCCACCCGACGCCGACUCCGAUCUACCAUCCUACAGCUGAGCACAAGACACAGAACCAUGAGACAGACACUGAGAAGUUCAAGAAGCUCCUCCCCUUCAUCAAGAAGAACCCCUUCUUCUUUCCCAAGUUCCCCAAGUUCCCUGGGGGCAAGGAGAUCAAGGCGUAGAAAAAUGGGUGAGAGACGAAAUGUACUCUGUUCGUCUGCAUCUACUGUUAUGUUAUGUAGUGUCUGCUUGCAUGGAUUAUCAUUACCACCAGCUGGUCUCCCGCUCAAAUAAAAACUUUUGUUACGUUCUGAUGAACACGUAAACCUCGAUCAAACAUGAAUGGGAUUAUUUGGGGUAGGAUUUACUGGGUUAGGCAUGACUUUAUAUGGUCUGUCUGACAGACAUAAUUUUUUUUA